AUGUUAAAGAAUUUCAGUUUUCGAACAUUCAUUAGUUUUCUAGAAGUAUUUAGUGUAAUUCCAGAUACAUUUUCUUCUUAUCGAGUAUUUAUGUUGAUGACAACGCCAAAUAUCGAUGUUGACAAUGAGCUUAAUGAUGGACAAGGCCAUUGGUAUACUCAACUUUCAAUAACACAAGUGGCCACUGGACAGGAAACAUCCUUAAAACAACAGCCACAAAAGACAUCCUUGCCAAAACAAAAGAAGAAAAGUCGAGGAAAUCGAAGUGAACAACAUUUUAGACGACGACUCCGUCGACGAAAUUUGGACGAAGCAACGAAAGCAUUAUUAAUUGAGAAAAGAAUGGAACAUCAUCGCAUUAUCCACAAUAAUGAACAAUUAAACGAACGAAAACAAACGGAUGAAGACAUGAGUGUUCCCGAUGAUGAUGAACAAAUUCAAGAAUGGUCACUCAAUGGUCAUACCGAUGAGAAUAACAUCCUAAAACGAAAACGGUAUGCUACAAAUAGCAAUUAUGAACUGCAAAUUAACAAAUCAUUGAGUCAAUUGUCGAUCUCACAACAAUGUUCCAAGAAGGCAAAGAAAAACAAUCCAUCGGAUAAUAAAUCAUCAACAAUGUUCAAUAAGCAAGAUCAUCAACAACAACAACAACAUGGGUCAUCAUUUGGUAUCACAAGUACUCUACUUCCUCGAUAUUUAACUGUAUCCGAUCAAACAUUCAAACAGUUAUUUUCAAGUACGGUAGAAAAUGCCAAUCUAAUUAUUCAAUGGUUAGAUACAAAUGAAAAGUUGAAAUCAACUCGUCAACUAGCACAUGUAGUCAAUAUGCUUCAGUACUUGAAUCUACAAAAAAGUCUAUGGCAAGCUUAUUACGAUGUUGGUAUGACAGAAGGUGGUUGGACUACACAUAUUCCGAGAUAUGUUGCCAAAGAACAUAGUACGUGUGCCACUUAUGGUCGUUCACGAAAGUUCGUUGAACAACGUCUAGUAACAAUAGAACAUCAAUUGAAAAGAACCGAGAAUGAACUACAACAACUUUUAUUACAACUGCCAGAGUGGACAGACAAAGCUCAACCGUCCAUCAAUUCCAUUGCUUUAUCUACUUGCAUCGAAGCAUUAGUUAAUAAUGGUCAAAAACAUUUACGUGAAGAGUUCAAGUACAGAGAGAUAAUGUUGAAAAUUGAUGUGAAUGAUCAUCAUUUGAUUACAGCAGUUUAUAACUUGCAACCGAACGAAAAACAAAUUGCAUGGAUGAAGACAUAUUGGAAAGAAACAGCUGCUGAAUUACAUGCAUUAGAAGAAGUCGAGAUACUUCGCAAACGAGUCUCUUUACAACGGUUAUCACCAUCAUUCGAUAAUCUCGUCGAUCAAUCAACUGAAUCUCUUCAAACUAUGCUUUCACGUCCGAUUAUUAACAGUGAACGACGUGCUAUUCUUGCAUCACGUUGCUCAAAAGCAGUUACACAAUACAAAUUCGAAAUGAUGACACUGAACAUUCUUGCAGCCGAAGAUUCUAUUCGAGGACAAAAACAAGCAGCAGUCGAUGCAAAAACUAAAUUAUUACUACUCGACGUCGAUUUAAAUCUUUCACUGGCACAAACUGCUAUGCUUAUCAAAGGCAUUAAAUAUAUCACACCUUGUCAAAGUCAAUUUUCGAAACAAUCCAUCGACGAUAUUGUGAGACAACAAUAUACACGCUUAUCAUCUAAUGUGCAACGUUGUCUUGAUGAUCAUGGUGAGGUGGCUAGGCAACCAGAAGAUAAAGAAGCAUUUCCAGCUUUGAAAUAUCUUCUCUACGAACUCCAAUCGAAACCAUUGCCACACAAACUACAAAUUCGUGCUCGACGUGAAUGCGUCGUGAUGACAAGCAUUGUUCAACUUUUGUGUAAUCGACCCGACCUUAUCAUCCGUCGAACUGACAAGAGCAAAGUUUUAUAUAUCGGCAAUGCUCUAGAAUUUGCAAGUAAAGCAUCGGAAUAUAUGAUCAAAACCAAUGCUUAUCGAGAAUUGACCAAUGAUCAUUGUCCAUUAUCAGAUACACAAAAUGUCGUAACAUCUCUAUUGAAGUAUCUUUUACGACGAGGAGCUAUUAAUGAAUAUCAACAUAAGAAAAUGACUCCAAAAAAGAACGAUUUGGAAUUGGCUCAUCUAUAUUUCAUACCAAAACCACAUAAGCUUGAUUGCUCCCUGCGACCAAUUACUGCAGCGAUUCAUGCACCAACUACAAUGAUGUCGAAAUUCCUCAACGAUUUAUUAGCACCUGUAUUUAUACGAGUAGCUCGGAAGACCACUUUUAUCAAUGGCUUUGAUCUUAUUCGAACAUUAGAAAAAUAUGCAUCGGAUGGUUGUCUCAAACCCAACACACUCUUCAUCACUUUCGAUAUUACGAAUUUGUAUACGAUGAUACCACGACAAGGUACUCUAGAAGCAUUCAAGCGAUUUUUGGAACGACAUUUAAAACGUGGUAAAAUUGGUACAUUGUCCAUUGAUGAUUUAAUGAGAAUGGCUCAUCUUGUAUUGGAUACCAAUGUUUUCGUUUACGAAGGCAAAUAUUAUAAACAAGUUCGAGGCGGAGCAAUGGGAUCUGCAUUUACACAAACGCUUGCCAAUAUAUACAUGUUCGAAUGGGAACACGAAUUAAGCCAACGUCAAAUAUCAAACGAUGAAAUCUACGGACGAUACAUCGACGAUGCCUUUAUGACAACCAACUUAUCCCAAGAUCAAAUCAAAAUUGAAUUGGAAAAAGCUGCAAAGAAAGAUUCAAAUAUUGAAAUCACAUACACCAUUGCAUCCUGUAUCGAUUUUCUUGAUGUAGUCGUGAACAAUAACAAUGGCCAAUUAAUAACAUCUAUUUAUCAUAAGCCAGCUGCUGAACCUUACAUUCUUCCAUAUACAUCGGAUCAUCCUCGACACGUACAUCGUAAUAUUCCAUAUGCUGCACUACUACGUGCUGCUCGUAUAUGUUCAAAUAUCGAUGAUUUUGAUAUGGAACGUGUUCGUAUUGACAUGUCACUCCUUUUGAAUGAUUAUCCACCAGACUUUAUUCUAAAACAUUUUCUUCGAUUCUUCCAAUGGAACAAUGCCCUAUCUGUUUUACAACAACUGGAUGUAAAGGUCUACCAUGACUUACAUCAAGUAUUACUCUAUCAACCGACACGACGAGAGAAAGAAUUAUUGAAGAUGAAGUCGAUUGAAGAUGGACAGAUACCAGUGGCUCUAUCAAAAAACAAACCAUGGGAUCCUAACAUUUUGUACAUACCUCAUCGAUUCGAGAGUGGACCACAAUUGACUUUCAAACGUCAAUUUCGAAGUUGGUGGAAAAAAUUCUUUCGUUUCUAUUCUAUAUUAGCAAUCGAAAUAAACCAACACAGACAACGUCAAAAUCCAUCAUUUUAUCAAAAAAAACAACGACAACGACGUCGACGAACACCUCAAGAACAAGAAGAGUGGCAUAAGCGACGAGAAGAACAAAAGAAACAACAUGAAGAAAAAGAGUGUCAACAACGAUUACAAGAUUUUGUAUGGCGACAAUGUUAUGAUUCAGAUUUCGAAGAAAAAUUACAAGACUUCGAACAUUUAGAUGAAUAUUACCAAGAUCUAGAGCCUAAGGAAGAGAAACAAGUGAAAGAGCUCGAACAGUUUGAACAAUUACAAAUUCAACAACUUGAUCAUGACUACAAUGAACAAUUAAAAGAAAUUUAUCUAUUCGAACAAGAAAAAAUGAACGAAGAACAACAACAUUAUUGUGAAAUGCAAAAUCAAUUGGAACAUUUAGAACAACAAGAAAAUUUAUAA